AUGAUCGGUCGCUUUCCAUCGAAAUGGAAACCUAUUCUACCAACUCAGCGGUUUUCAGACCUCAUUAAACGGCCCCUUACGGGUUUCUGCCAUCAUGGUUCUCUUCGUGCCUUCGACUCUGGUUCGGCAUUGAAUAGAAAGUGGAAAAAGAAACCCAGCUUUGAACCGUCUCUUGAGCAACAGAAGGUCGUGAAGCUCUGCGCUGUGCAGAAUGUUGUGGUAUCAGCACGUCCAGGAUCCGGCAAAACAGCUGUAGCAGAAGCUAUUAUUGCCACCUAUCCAGAGUCGCGGGUCGAUGUAGUGACCUUUUCAAAGUCUCUUGAACUUGCAAACUCUCGUCGACUUUAUGAAUAUUCCAACUGCAAAACCUUUACUUUCCACAAGUUGGCCACCUUGCUCUUUGGAGACACUGUGCACAAUGACGCUAUCUUUGCAGAGCAUAUAGAAAGGGCUCGCCUUUAUAAUAUGCUACCAGAAUGGAAAUUUGACCCGUUUGAGAUAAUAGUCUUAGACGAGUUCCAAGGCUGCACCAACAAUAUCUUUUGGUUGAUAAACUGCUUUACCAGGGCCAACAACCAGAAGCUGGCAAGAUUAGGACGCCCACCUGCUCGACUCGUCGUAGUUGGUGACGAGCGGCAGUCUAUUUAUGGAUAUCGCGGCGCCGACCAACGUUAUCUUACUUUGGCUGAUCAAUUACUCGGCCCUGUCAGCCCUUACCCGUUUGCUAAUAUCCCAUUAAGCGAAAGUUUUCGGCUAUCAAAGCCCUCCGUCGAUUUCAUCAACAAGGCUUUUCUUGGUGGUGAGCCAUAUAUCACAGGCUCCAAACCUGGCCCAAAGCCUAUUGUUCUGAGAUGCUACCCUGAUCGCUCUAAUGCGUUAGCUAAAAAGAUAUUUGAUCUAAUCAAGGUCCACGGAGCCGAGAAUAGCGCAAUUCUAUCGCCAUCAAUACGCAAGAACAAUUCAUUGAAAUAUUUGACCAACAAAUUAGCAGAAGAUUACCGCAUACCAAUUGCCGUACAAACAGAUGAUGAGGUCCCUUUAGAUAAACUGGCGACUAAUGGGAAGAUGCGUGUUUCGAACAUACAUCAGUUCAAAGGCAGCGAGCGCGAUCUUGUUAUUCUCUUUGGUAUCGACGCGUCAUAUUUCAAGUAUAAUGGCCGCGACCUUCCAGACGACAGAUGCCCUAACGACAUCUUCGUGGCCUUGACUCGUGCUGCAAAGCAACUUGUGGUGAUCCAUGACGAGAAUCAAGAGUUGAUGCCCUUCGUAUCUGUGGACGACUUAUAUGAAACGGCAGAUAUUGUCAACUUGACUAGAAAAGAAGGAAAUAUUGCACCGCCUAGCGCCCCUGGUCGAUCUCCUCAGUGCGGGUUUAAUUUGCCAAAAUCGGUCUCUGUUCGAGAUCUAACUCGCCACAUGCCAGACGAACCUCUUGACCAAAUCUUGAGAGACUAUUUGAAGAUCGAAAAACUAUCACCGCCCCUACCCGAAGAUGAGCAUAUCCGUAUAGACAACGUCGUCCUUUCGAAUCCAGCAAAGGGAUUCUACGAAGCCGUGGGCGAUAUAAAUGGCUUGGCAGUUACGUCAGCCUUCGAACACCAUUUUACUGGAACCUUGAGCAUACUGAAAGGUCACAAAACCCCAACCGACGGAAACCUUACAAUGACUCAACAACAAUAUGUCUCAUGGCUUUGUCGAGCAGCAUGCAAGUAUGAAGCCGACUCAUCAGGCUACCGAGCGCGUUUUAUCCAAAUGAAAGAUCAUGCAUUCGAUUGGAUGAAGCCCGAGCAUCUAGCCCUCGCCCAGAGCCGGCUCCAGAGCGCAUUAGGUGAUCUGGCUCCAAAUCUAAGUUUUGAAGUUUAUGCUGAGCAACAACUCAAAAUUGGUAAUCAAGAAACACUGUUACGGGAUCAAGCUGAUAUUGUAGCUUUUUCGGCCAAUUCAGACUCCGUGUAUAACAAAAGACUUGAAUCUGUCUGGGAAAUCAAGUUCGUGUCUAAGCUGUCCAAUGAGCACAUACUGCAAGCAAGCAUAUAUGCCUACCUGCUUACAUCAUCAUCGCAGGAGGCGCCGCGCAUUAUGCUUUUCAAUUUAAAGGACGGAGAGAAGUUGGAAAUUGCACCGCGCGAAGGGCGAGAAGGGCUGCGUCGUAUGAUAGAAAGCGUGCUGAAGCUCAAAUACACGACCACACAAGAGAUGACAAACGAAGAGUUUGUUGAGAUGUGUGCAAAGGCGACGCUGGAAGUAUCAAAUUUACGCGGUUCAGAUGAGUGA